AUGGCUCGCAGGCUUGCGAAGUCGGUUAUUUCUGCAGAAAAGAGAGCCCUCGCCGGCGAAAAUGAAAGCCAGGAUAGCCAGGAACAGUUAGUGAAGCACAUGCUUAAUCAUGGCGUGGGCGUGCUAAGUAGUUCGCCCGUGGCUAUCGAGCACUUUUAUCAAUCGAAAGGAAAUACCACGAUAUCAAGUUUAGAGCCAAAGGGACCAACCAAGACACUUCGCAUUUCUCAUUCGUUGGAAAAAUUGGAAAACGAGUCAGAAUUGAUAGUAAUCAAGCAACCGCAAAUCGCGUUUGACGCGUCAAACGCGCUCAAUCAGCCCAAUGCUGUGAACAACCCUUCGAAAAUAUCCAGUCAACUGCGACCGAAACCCAACAAUCCAUUAAUACCGUGUCCCUCACGUUUAUCUUUGCUUCCCGACACCAGGAACACCGACCCGAUUGAUUUCCUACCAAUACCUAACGAUGCGACUGAACACCCAGGUCAAUUGAUCGGGGAUCAUGCCCUAUUGACUAGACUCACCUUGAGCGCCCCGAGGGAAAAGACCGAAAAAAUGUCGUCCGAUUCGCCCACUCAAUCAAACGACGGCCGUAGCUACGACCAAUAUGCGGAGGAUAAUUCGCAGCCACAAAUUUCGUCGCAAGCGAGUAGCAUUCAUGAGCAUGGUACUAUUCGAGAAAACGAUACGGGAUUUCUGGAUUUUAAAGGGACACACUACGAUGAACAGGAGUCGGCAGCAGAAGAAGAAGCUGAAACCAACUUUGCCAAUGAUAGAUCUAGGAGGCCGAAAACUUCGUCCAACGCACCUGAUACGAGUGGUCACUACAUGGCACCUCCAGAGACCCCCGCAAUCGCCCAGAGAUUAUUUCAACACGGUGGAAAUGGAGCACAAUUGAUGGCGGCAUCACAACUUUUCGGACAGACGCAAUGGACUUCGGCAGUUAGGAAAGCCAGUCCUACGUCGUCUCGGCCCUCGCCUGAUGUCUUUAAUCAGAAUACUAUGUCACCUAAUCCUGUGGUGUCGUCCCCACUGAAGAAUAGAGGGCUUAGGACCUCACCAACUCAGGCUUUCACAUCAAGCCCGGGGUUUCCUGGAGUUUCGUCUCGGCCGUCAGAAGAAAAAACCCCGUCUGCGCCCAACGAUACUCACGAGGACGAAGGCAUCAACCAAGGAAGCGUUGCGGAAACUCCGCUUCCUCGGUUCCAGGCCCCUAAGCGUAGGAACUUCUUGGAACCUAUUAGUGAGUACAGGUCUUCACGAAGACAAAGCUCAGAACCGGAUGCCCCCAAAUCCCCGAGUCAAAGUGAUGGGCAACAGGACUCGGAUUCCGAUAUAGAUACGGCCAGUCGCCGCCGUUACUUAGCCAAGAUAGGUAGAGAAAAGGCCGCCAAAACCUUCCCAUCUAUCAGCCUUCCUCGGUCGAGUUCAAAUAAGGGCGAAAAUGUGGAGGUGCCCUCGACAAGCCGCGUAAAGCCUGUAGAGGAUCGAAAAAGGACUGAUUCGGAGCGGUACUUAGCACAAUGCCACGGUCAACCUGCGACUGAUAACGAGGGAUCGCAGAAAACCGUCGCAGAUUCUCAGGAAAUCCCGAGGCAACCCCAACGCAAAGGAAUCGACUCUGAAGCUAACCCUCAGCCUUCAGGUGGAUCCACCGAGAAAGUAACCGACGUCGAUGAGAAUGCACGUGUCGUUGGCCUUCCAGAUACUCAAGCCCCCAUAUCCAACGUAGAGUAUGGAGAGACCGUCCCCGAGACUAGCCCACCAAGCACUUCUAUGGGACUACCUAGAUUGCUAGGCGACAUAAUGGCACAGAAUUCGAGCAUUAGAUCUGAAGCUGAGACUGUUUCACUUCCUGCCUUACCAAGUACAGACCCUCAAGAACAACUGAAAGAGACCAAUGACUCUAGACCUUCAAGCCUUCCUGAGCAGCUUCCGUCCGACCCUAUGAAACGAAGACAGCGAUCCAGUCGGAUUCGGCCUCCAUUCCAAUCUUCGCCAACCGUUGUUCUUGCAUCUUCCCCGCAGAGCGCAACUCGCCGUUCGGCGAGGCUCGGGAAGAUAGUCACACCACAAUCAGUCGGGCGUGAUUUACAACCCCCAUCAGACAUUGGUACAAGGACGUCAACGUUGUCAUCUCUCUCAGCGACCCCUGUUAUGUCGACACCAAACACGGAACCGGAGCGUGUGUCCGCAGGGAGCGAAAGACAGAGUUCAUCUCCAGCUGCGCCUACAGCACAACGCCGCGGAAGGCUUCUGUCAUCUCUCGACGGCCCUUCAUCUUCCUUACCACGGCUAAGGACUUAUUCUCGCUCUCGGGAGAGUACGAGAAGAUCGACACGCCACAGUUCAAUAUCAACUGACGAGCUGGCUAAGUCGCAAUCGCCAUUAUCUACAGCCACCAAGCAGGGGCAAAAGCCACCUACGCGAAAACCAGCAAGGCAGUCUCUCAACGGCCAACAUCAAUUACGCGAGUCAGUUACCAAACCAGGUAUCUUCGAGGGAAUGGUUUUCGCUCUUUCAUUUCAAAGUGGACAGGUUCGAAAGAGCAAAGAGAAAAAUGGUGAUAGGGGCACGAUUGAGCGUAUGAUCCGCCAGGAAGGUGGCAAAAUCCUGUCUGAUGGAUUUGAUGAACUCUUCAAGUUUGACUCAUUUCAAGCAACGAACAGUACAUCCGCUCCCCGUACCCUGUCAAGCUCAUUAACGCUGCUCAACAGGGACACCGGAUUUGCAGCUUUGAUUGCCGAUGGACAUUCUCGGAAGGUGAAGUAUAUGCAAGCCCUCGCGCUUGGAAUCCCUUGUCUGGCGCCGAAGUGGAUCAUGAGUUGCAUAUCAAAGAAAGAAAUAGUAGAUUGGUCAUCGUACCUCUUAUGCGCUGGACCAAGCGCGCUCUUAGGUGAAGCCAUCCGCUCACGCAAUCUGCGACCGUACGACGCUUCUACGAUCAAGCUUGUAGAUGUGAUCAAUACUAGGCCCAAGUUAUUAGAUGAAGCUCGUAUUCUUCUUGUAAUGAAGAGGACUAAGAACGAAGACAAGAGGCUACCCUACGUGUUCUUAGCGCAAGUUCUCGGUGGCUCGCUAGUGCGAGUUCAUAGUCUUGAGGAGGCCAGAACCAAGCUUCGGGACGAAGAGUCCCAGGACCACCCCUUUGAUUGGGUAUACGUUGAUGAUCAUCUACAAGAUGCUCAGAACGCACUAUUUGGCUCGAGUGCAGGAAACCCAACUUCCAAGAAACGAAAACGACAGAGCGCAGGACCAGAAGAAUUGGAUAAGCCACCAAAAAGAAUAAGGACUCUAAAUGACGAACUGGUAAUCCAGAGCCUCAUCUUGGGCAGGCUUAUCGAGGAUGGAGAGAUGGAUGACUAA